GCACUACGGUGGAGCUAUGCAUGAUGGGAUUCCUGUAGCUGUCAAUUUAAAAAAAAUAUGGACAACAAACGAUUUACAUAACUUACAUGGCGGUUAAUGGUAAGAUGAGCUCAAAUGACUCAAAAACUCCGUUAAACUUUGUGACACUAGUCUGAACGGUGCUGUCACUCACCUGGACGCUGAACCUCCACAAAAACAAUGAACAGUCCGCCGCAGAGCCCCUCUCCAGCCCGGUGGUUUAAAGCUUUACGAAGGACCAGGCUUGGGGAGCCAUGUUUGAGGACAUACCCUCUGGAGUGUGUGGAUCUGCUGAAAAGGGCCAGGGUGGCCUUUCAAGCUGGACGCACCCUGAAGGAGAGCUUCAGACUGGCUCAGCUGGAGGCCUUGGUACAGAUGUUGCAGGAUAAUGAGUGUGACUUUGUGGAUGCUCUUGGAAGAGACCUUCAUAAGCCCCGGUUUGAGACAAUUUUAUCAGAACUGAUUCUUGUUAAAAAUGAAGCUCUGCAUGCUAUCAACAACCUGAAGAAGUGGAUGCAACCGCAGCAUGUGGAGAGGAACUUGUUUACCACAUUGGAUGAGUGUCUGAUGGUCAGUGAGCCACUGGGGGUGGUGUUUAUCAAGGGGUCCUGGUUUAAUCCUGUCCACAUGUGUCUGGUGCCACUGAUAGGGGCUAUCGCAGCAGGAAACUGCGCAAUCAUCAGCCCCUCUAUGUGCACUCCACACACAGCGGAGUGUCUUCAUCGGCUCACCCCCUUCUACCUGGACAAUGAAUGCUUCCAUGUGGUUCUUGCAGGCAUAAAUGACCUGCCUGAGGUCAUGGAGCUUAAAUUUGACCAUGUCUUCUUCACAGGAAACAAAGAGGAGGGUACCAAAAUUGCUCAAGCUGCAGCUCGCUCACUCACAUCUGUCACCCUUGUUUUGUCUGGAAAGAACCCAUGUUACGUUGACCAAUACUGUGAGAUUAAAACAGCAGCUCAGCGCAUCGCCUGGGCACGUUUUCAAAAUGCUGGACAGAGCAUGGUGGCUCCUGACUACAUCCUGUGCCAUGAGGGUGUAAAAGCACAGCUGGUUCAGGCCUUGAAAGGCUGCCUGAUGCAUUUUUAUGGUUCUGAUCCCAGAGAGUCCCGCAGUUACGGCAGGAUGGUCAAUGCUGAAAUCUUCAGCCAUACAAGAGACCUGCUGAGCAGAUCUGGCAAAAUUGCGGUGGGAGGCCAAGUGAUCGAAACAGAGAAGUAUAUUGCCCCAACAGUUUUGACUGAGGUAGGAGAAAAUGAUCCCAUCAUGCAGCAGGAGUUUUACGGCCCAGUUCUUCCCCUUCUGACUGUAAAAGAUAUUGAUGAAGCCAUCGCCUUCAUUAAUAAGCAGGAGAAACCCCUCUGUGUGUAUGCAUAUGCCAACAGUCCAAAGGUCUUUUCAAGGCUAAUGAGCGAGACCUCUAGUGGAAGCUUCUGUGCUAAUGACUGCGCCCUGCAGAGUUUGAUGGUGGCUCUGCCUUUUGGUGGAGUUGGUGCCAGUGGAACAGGUGCCUACCAUGGUCGCCACAGCUUUGACACCUUCUCACACAGGAAGUCAUGCCUGCUGAGAGGCACACGCUUUGAGUGUGUUACAUAUCUGCGUUAUCCACCCUAUGAGGACCGCAAUCUGUCUCUAAUGACAUGGGCCAGCACCUUGUCCCAGAAGAGCCAGGGUUGGUGCCAGAUCCUGUGACUGUGUGGGAGGUGACAACAGAGCUGUGAUACAGAGCAGAGAGUGCCUUUAGUCCUGACAACCCUGGCAUGAUAAUGCGUUGUUUUUGUAUGCUUAAAAACACUAAUAAAAAAAUAUGACUGGUGUUCAGCUACAUCUUA